UUACAGUCUUCACUGUCCAUGAUGGAAGAGGAUCUGGCCCUGUCUGAUGAGGCCUCUGAUGCUGGAAGUGAAGAGGUCCUGACGCCUGCAGAACUCAUUAACAAGCUGGAGGAGGCUUGGCUCAAUGAGAAGUUUGCCCCUGAACUCCUGGAGAGUAAAUCUGAGAUAGUGGACUGUGUGAUGGAGCAGUUGAACCAUAUGGAGCAAAACUUGCAACGAGCACGACAGGGAGACCUCAAGAUCAGCUUCCAUCACAUGGAGAUAGAAAGAAUCCGAUUCAUGCUCAGCAGUUAUCUACGCAGGCGAUUACUCAAAAUAGAGAAAUUUUUCCCGCAUGUUCUGGAGAAGGAGAAGUCUCGUGGGGAAGGAGAGCCUCCACAUCUGUCCCCAGAGGAGUUUGCUUUUGCAAAAGAGUAUAUGGCGAACACUGAGGCUUUACUGAAGAACGUAGCUCUGCGUCACAUGCCCCCAAACUUACAGACACUGGACUUGGUGAAAUGUGUGCCCAAACCAAACCUGGACUCGUUUGUGUUUCUGCGGGUGAAAGAGGAACAACAGAACAUCCUGGUGGAGCCAGAGACAGAUGAGCAAAGGGAAUACGCUAUAGACAUGGAGGUCGGAUCUCAGCAUCUUAUUCGAUAUCGUACAAUAGCACCUCUUGUGGCCUCAGGAGCUGUGAAACUCAUCUAA